AUGAGUCAGAGAAAAUCCGUAACUGGAAGGCCAUUGGGAACAGACGGCUCUGAUUUCUCCUACCGCAUGGUUGUCAACUCCAGAUAUCAAAAGGUUGCUGAAGGUAAAUCCCGCCUCUUGGCUUUGAUUUUAACUCAGGCUUUAGUUCGAAUUUUGGAAGCAGCAACUUUACUUUUACCUACUCCAAAGGGGGAAAUCGUUGAUAGAUUUUAUGCUGCUUCUAUCGUUAUUUGCUUUAUUUCUCUCUUUAUAGGAGAAUUCGGUCGAAAGCACAGCCGCAGUUUCUUUCUGAAGCUGUAUUUGUUUGGUUCAUCAAUUGCUGCUGUAACCUCAGUAGCUUUUCUCGUCAAGAGUGAAAAAUUAUUUGAGCUCAUCGAAGAUUUCAGUAAGUGGGAGACGAUGGCUAAGAUGUUCAAGGUUGCUGCUGUUCUACUAGAAGUAAUUGUGCAGAUAGUUACAAUUGGUGUGACCUCCUCUCUUAUGCACAAUAUGGCUCCUCCCAAGAGGGCUUCCUAA